ACAGUGUAAAAAAUACUUAAAUCUUAUAUUAAAAUCAAAAAUCAACUAACUUCAAUAAAAAGUGCAGACCCCUUGCUAGGAUAGUAGUACUAUGAAGGGCCUAUCCAGCUGGAGUAUAUGCCUAGGCCUGGCCAUAGCCACUACUCUGGUAUUUCACAAUGUGCAGCUGUUUGGCAGCAAAGAGAACGCGGACAAUGCAAAAGACAAGGAGCUGCAGGAUGCGUUCGAGGAGAGCUGCAAGACGAGCUCCUUUGAUGUAUACUUGCAUUUCUUUUGGAUAUUCGCCUGCAUCUAUGCGUUGUCCAAGUUCACGGAGCUGUCGGAGCGCUACCUGAGCGCCAAGAUCGCCUUCAAGGAGCGCAGCUCCGACAUGCGCUUGCUCAACGAGGAAUGGGAGAAGACCCUUAAGCUCUACGAGCAGGAUAAGAAGCAAUUGGAUACGCAGCUGCAGGUGCUGCGUGAAAAGAACUGCACCUUGGAGCAAUCGAUGCGGGAUUUGCGAGAUUGCAAUUUACAUUUGAUUAGCGAGAACUUCAUGCGCACUGUGCUCCAGGAUCAACAAAUACAGGGCUUGACCCAACGUGUGCAGGAUCAGCAGCCGUCCAAUAUAUACAUAACCAAUCGACAUAUACACCUAACGCGACAAGUGUUUCUCAACGAGGGUCACAUCGACAUUGAUGUAAAUCUACGCAAGGCUGGCGGGAAGGACCAGCAGCAGCAGCAGCAAACCCUAAAUGUUUGGGUGCAGUACCUAAAAAUGCGGAAAUGCUACAUGGGACCCAUAGCUGAUCCCAACUUGGUAUUGCAUGGCAAUCCAGAUGACUUGCAGCCCAUAGUUAUGACCACAGAACAGCUGUCCAAGCUGCAGGGCAUGCUCUAGGUACCAGUCUCUGCUCUUACGAUAAAGAGUUAUAUUUUGUUAUUUUUCAAUUUGGUAGUGCAACUUUUCAAUGAAGUCCCAGUUCCUGCCUGCUCUUUAGUUAGAUAUAAAAACAACACCAAUAUUAACAAUGCAGCAAAGUUUAUUGAUUAAUUCUUCAUAUUCGUGCUAUAUGGGUGGACAGUAUCUGGCAUUCCGUUGCUUUAGCCCCCAGCUUCAAGUAUGCCUCAUAAUAAAUGUUUCUGUGUGCUUGACAAAAUGGAGAAAUAAACUGAAGUCAUAUUUUGAAAUUACUUUCUUU